UUCAUAUCUGGUUCUUCUCAUGCGCCAUCUCCACGGGAAUUCUGGAUGAUGAGUAUGUGUUAUAAACUUAUAAUCCAAAUACCUGCUCGGUCAGCUUCUGAAGAUGGGAAGUUCAGAGUUCAAGCAAACAAAGUGGAUCUUGUUUCCAUGGCCUAAACAUGCCAGCUCUGACUGUUGAGGCUUUAACCUGUAAUUUGCAAGAGUGCCCACCAAGGAAAAUACCUUAUUAAAUACAGGACACUAGGCACAGAAAACAAAAUGUACUAAACAUGAGAAGACUUUAGUGUUGCGAUCUCUAUGCGUCUGCCAGAUGUCAAGGCAUAGCAGACAGCAUGUGGCCGAUGUAAUGGCAUGAUUCUUCAUGUCUACCAAUCAGAUGCUACAAUACAGCUGUACACAUCUUCUGUAUAAAUAGGCGGCAGCAGAACGGGUAGAUACAUCAAACAAGAAGCUCUUACUCUCUGCUCUUCUCCUCCUCUCAUCAACCACAAGGCAGCGAUAACCUUCAAGCUCAGAUAUGGCUUUCCACCAAAGAUCGACAAGUUUGCCUUCUAGGCCUCACGUCAGUGAGACCGAAGUCGAGCUAGAGCUUCAGAGCCUAGAAGCAAGCAUCUCUUCCUCCACUUCCAUCAGCACGAUGUGCGAUGAUCUCAGGAGUCUUGCAAACAUCUACGAUGCUCUUGAAGAGAUUAUUUGCCUACCAAGCAACCAAGUUUGCUCAGCCCAGCAGAGGAGCAUGUUGGAUGGAGAAAUGGAAGGUUCUCUCGAGCUGCUAGAUCUCUGCAGCGUCAUGCAAGAGAUCUUCGUCGAGAUGAAGGCCAUCAUCCAAGAGCUGCAAGUGGCUCUAAGGAAAGGUGAUGAUGCAACUACUCAAGCCAAGAUCCAAUCUUACACCCGCUUGGUGAAGAAGUCCAAGAAUCUUUUCAAGAAAACCGCGAAGAAGGCUCCUGCAGAUUGUAGCAUGGUCAUGCUGUUGGCCAAGGCUAGAGAGAUCUCGGUGUCUCUCCUGGAGUCCACACUCCGUCUCUUGUCGAAGCAAAUCGAAAUGCCUAAACAGUCUCUUGUUUUCAAGGCAUUUCAGAAAAAGAAGGCAGUGGUUUGCAAGGAGGAGCAAUUGUCAGGGCUAGAGUGCAGUAUGGGCGAUCUCGAGAGCGGAGCAGGACAUCUGUUCAGGAAAUUAGUCCAGAGUAGAGUUUCUCUACUCAACAUCCUUAGCUCAUAGAUACUCCUGAGUAACUCUUGACGCCCUUCGAUUGGCAUCCGCCUUUUAAGGAAUAGCUGAUCUUCAUACAAUUUUCCCAUAUGUAUACACUAUACUGUAUAAAUGUACAUGAUAGUAUAGAAAGAGAAACCAAAGUUUUGAUCAA